AUGGCGUGGCAGUUAAAUCAGACAAGGCGGCAAACGGCAUCUUUGAAGAUCCAGAUCAGGCAGAAUCUGUCUUCCGUUGAUCACAUUGAGCCGUGGAAGCGAGUUCUGAAAAAGCGAGUUCGCUCAACUGCCGAGUGGCUGACACAAGAGCCCGCGUUUCAUGGUUGGAAAAAUAACCCUGAAACAGCAAUUCUCUGGUGCUCGGGGACGUUGGGCAUGGGAAAGACCGUCCUCAUGUCUAAUGUGGUUUCCCAACUUCACCGGAAGAGUGAAAACAUUGCUCACUUCUUCUGCCUUGCCGAAAAUGAGAGCUCUCUAACAGCCCGAAAUAUCAUUGGGAGCAUUUCUCGGCAACGACUUCAUUCGUUGAUCGAACAAAGCAAUCAUGAGUCUCUAUCCAGCAUGCAAAGCGAAAGCUGUCACUUGGACACAAAUGAAACAGUGGAAUUUUUGCUUACGAGAUUGGUCCCCGAACGGACCUACUACAUCGUCUUAGAUGGUUUGGACGAAUGCAACUUGACUCAAAUCCGUGCCUUGGACUCGGCCAUAGACGCCCUUACAAAAAGUCCGGUUGCGAAGUUGAAGAUUCUUUGUACCGGGAGGCCUGAUCUAGAAGAUGAUCUAUUCGGACGGACUAGACCACAAUACCGCGUUGUAAUCGAUGAAGGAAAAGUCCACCUUGAUAUAGAUCGAUACAUCGUUGCCUCUCUCGAUGACUGUCUGGAGAGGAAGCUCCUAGUUUUGCGUGAUCCAACAAACAUCACGAGAAUAGUGGAUGUUUUACGUGACAACUCUCAGGGAAUGUUCCUCUGGGUUAGUCUUUGCAUCGGAGAAUUAUGUGAGCAGAACUGCGAUGAAGAUAUACUUCACGCAUUGCAGCACUUACCCAGGACCUUGGCUGAGCUUUUUAAUGCCAAAAUCCGUCGUAUCCAGGGAGGACCAAAGCACAUUCAAGCUAUGAAAUUGAUUCAGUUCUGCGGUGUUAUGAAGCGUCCUUUAAUUGUGGAAGAGUACAGGGAGGUCUUAUCCAUCUCAAAAGACGAUAAGGCUCUGAACAUGGCGAAAAUUCCAAACAAUAUACAUCGAAUCGUCCGAGGAUGCUACGGGCUAACAUUCAUCGAUGAAGAAGAGGACACCAUUCAUUUUAUUCAUCAGAGUGUCAAAGACCACUUGUUUUACACCAAUUUUGGCCGUACAGCCCUUCUUGAAGCCGCAAUGCGCCAAAAUUGGAAAAGCGUACAAAUUCUCAUAGACGCUGGCGUUUAUCUCGACCGCAAUCACAGCGAGGGUGAAACAAAUCUUCACAUGGCAUCGAGACAAAAUGCGGUAGAGGCUGUGAGUAGUCUUGUGUCAGCUGGCUUCUCCCUUGAUGCCAGAAACGCCAACAUGGAAAUGGCUCUUCACUUGGCUACAUAUAAGGGACAUAUUAAUGUGGUGCAAUGUCUCGCGGCGGCUGGCGCCGACCUUGAUUCUUCCAACAAUCAGAAUGAAGCGACCCUUCACGUGGCUGCUCAGAAAGGGGCAGAAGAGAUUGUGAGGACUCUUGUAUCUGCUGGUGCUUCCAUCAGCAUUAUGGACAGUCGAUUUGAAACGGCUCUGCACGUCGCUUCAUUUAUGGGCCACAUCAGCAUUGUCCAGUGUCUUCUAGCAGGAGGUGCUGAUAUCAACCGCUUCAACAUUAAGGAUGAAACAACCCUUCACAUCGCUACAGCACAACGCAGGCUAGAGAUAAUGAAGGUCUUUAUUGCCGCUGGUGCUGAUCUCAACUUGAGAAAUCGCAAAGGGGAAACAGCCCUUCAUAUUGCUAAAGGAUCACGAGGCCUAGAAGAAGAAACCGACAUAUUUCAGGAUGAUGGUCCCUUCUUGGAAGGCAGCGAGGACGAAACAGCCCUCAAUCGGGUCGGGAUUGAAAGCGCUGAUGCUGCAGAAAUUUUGAUGCCCGCUGGCGCUGAUAGUGAUAGUGAUUCAUACAGACUGCAUCACAAUAAAUUUAAUCAAUGA